UAUGGAUAUAAAAAUAUAAACUAAAAGAGAAACAUUCUUAAUUUUUAUUGAAAAUUUAACUAUCCGUGAACUUAAAUGUAAAUUAAAUAGAUUAGGAAUAGAAUUGAAAGAUAUAGUGAUAUAGUAAAAUUUUGAAAGCAUAGUUUAGUUUUUAUGAUAAUGAUUCUGACAAAAUUGUUAUUAUUGAUGAUAAGGAUGUUGGGUAUGCAUUUCAAUAAGGAAAAAUAAAAUAUAGAAAUAGAAUUAAAUUUUAUAUUUACUAUAAGCUAAAGUAACCUAAAAUAAAUAAAACAUUGGGUUAAAUAUAGGAUUAGAAAGAAUUGGGUCAAAUAUAGGAUUAGAAAGAAUUGGCUUUAUCUGAUUAAAGCGAAACAAUAAGAGAAUCUAUUGAUAAUUUGAUAAUAUUCCCUUUUCCUAUUAUUUAGAAAAGAGAAGAAACAUUAAAAAAUAAAAUAGAAAAUUAUAUCGAUACUCUUUUACGGGAAUAGUAUGAAAUUUGA